GAAUCCCGCACUGGUUUCCCACACUGAUGUCCCCUAAAAUUAUCAACACCAGAGUAUCGAUCUCAUAUCAAAUCUACCCACAGCGAAAUUCAUUCCACAGGCCACCAAUUGAAAUCCAUAUCGACCUCCCAUUGAUAAAUAAUAUCACGAUGCUUUUCCAGGUAUUAUUUCUAUCUAUUUGCCUCUACAUAUCCAACAGCAGCUCCGCUCCACACCCUUACAACUCUAGUGCACUUACCUCAUUUACCAGUGGUACCCAGUCGACUGAAAAUGCCGUUCGUGACCUUUCCACGAAAGAUAUACUUUGCUGGUACGGCACUGCACCACCGCCUGUGGAUUCGAACACCUACGUAUAUGAGAUACUUGAAAAUGUCGAUGCUUUCAACUUCUACGUCUGCGAUAGAAAUCUCGAUGCCAGUGCAAAGGUGUUAGUCCAGCUUGGUUUAAGCUACAACAUUAACACUAAAAUUGAUACUCGACAAACACCAUUAGUACAUAAUAUCUCAGUACGAAUAACCAAUGACGCUCAAAGUAAAUUCCCUUCCUCCGUUUGGUAUAGGAGCUGGUUCCUCCUUCCCACCACGACUUCAAAAGUAUUGGAUGGUCGAAUCAUCGGCUGGCAAUCAUUUGAUAAUUGCGAGACAAUUCUUGGUAAUAGAAACGCAGGCAUAGUAUUCUAUUAGACCGGCUUUGGUGUUAUUUGGGUGUAAGGGUAUCCCGCGGUUGCGCUGGUCGCGGCCAUUAUGUGAAGCCUUUAUGCAAGGCGUUUUACGAAGAGAUUGCAUGGAUUUUCAAUAAAAAAGUAGUUUGUGAUUAAUGACGCAACAGGUCUACUUCACGUCAUUCGCAAGAUUCACGGAAACACCAUGAAUGGAUCGUGAUCCUACAAACAUGGCAGAACACUACGCACGCGCCCAACCCCUCGAGUUUCUAGACUAAUCUAAAAUCAGAGUAUGGAAUUUUUCAAUCUACAGAAUUGCAUUUUUCCCAAAUGUUUAUCAAUCCCAUUUCUGCAAUAUCGAUAACAACCCCACUCCAUGCAGACACAACCAACAUGAUGGCAACGUCAGCUCAUCAGCUCGUAAAAAUAUUUUACCUCUCAUUGGCACGUGCCACAAAUAACCCCUGAGGUCUCCCCACCUAGAAACCAUCUCCUCGGUAUACAUCCACUAAUAAAAACCAAACACA